CAAUCAUGUACAAAUUCAGAAAGAACCUGCGCUCUCGCUCCCUCAACCCCCGCUCAGCCAACUCAAACGAAGAGAUUAAGACAGCUCCAGUGGGAGGGCGGGAAGGCGGCCUAGGGGUGGUAGGCAGUGGGCAGAAGUUUAGAGAUCGGAUAAGGAAGGAGCAGUGGAGACGAGGGCUUGGAAGUGGACUGGAGAUGAGAGGGAUGGAGUAUAGUAAAUAAGAUUGAUGUGAUGAAGAAGCCGUAUUUUAGAACAGCGUUGAAGAAAAGCAAAAUAUUAAAGUCUCAGUUUACCAUUGAUGAAAAAGAGAUGCCUCAAUUGUUUAUUCAAUCAAAAUAAGCUACAGAUUCAAUCUCUAAAAACUCAGUCUAAAUUACGGUGAAGAACGACUGAAAAAUCAAGGAGCAAAAUCAAAAACUUCAUUAACAAGAACACAAACUACUAUGAUAACUCGAUAGUUCUGAAGGGCUCGGCGCUGAAUGUUUCACAUCUCAGCUCUACCUCUUCUUAUGAGUACAAGAAGCAGUCAUCUCUGACAGAAUCUGUACUAAAGGCUCAGAAUUUGACACCUCAAAAGGAUCUGGCUCCUAUACCUAAGCUUAAAGAUUUCUACAAUACCACACAUAAGCAGUAUAAAGGAUUCCUGGAACGAUCUCCUCUGAAACUAGGCUUUACAAAAAAAUUUAAUAAGAAUUUUAACAUUGAGAUCUGUAAUAAAGGAAUCAAUCGGAUAAAGCUCAAGAAGCACAAGGCGAAAGAUAAACAAGCAAUAAUGACCGAAGCCUUUAAGCAUUUCAUGUCAGUCCAUAGGACGAAAAAUACCUUACCUUUGAAGAAUUUUUGGGAAAGAAGAGGUUCAAAAAUUGACGACAAGAGUCUAUGAUUUAUCCAAUCUAUCACCAAGAGUAACUAUACGCCCGAGAAUCAGCUUAAUGCGAGCAAGAUUUUGAUAAAGGAGCCUCCCUCUUCUUCGCCAAGAGAGAACAGCCAACCAAAGAUAACAAUCGACCUAAGUAUGACUUCAAAGAUCGGAAUGAGCAAGUUCUGACUAAAAUCCCCUUUCCGAUUCAGGUCUGGCAGAAGUGGUACAACAGAGUAACCUCACUAAUUUCAAAGAUGGCUUCAAUAUC